CAUUUCUUCUUUAUAUGGUUUUCUUUCAAGUCUUUUGGCUUUGUUUACCUUAGUUCAAGGGAGGAUUGAUGUGGAUUAGCACUAUGGUGCAGUAAUCCAUCCGUAAUCUCCUAGACGUCCACUGAGCCUUCAGCUUACAGCUGAGUUUCCACCUUCCUCUAAUUACUCUUCAGGGCUGCAGCAGACUUAAUUUGUCUCCAUCCAGCAGCUGUUCUAUGUUUUGUUAUGCGGGCAGUUUUCUUGUAUGUUAUUUUGAGGAUUUUCUAUAGUGUGAAUUCAGUACCGUUCUGCAAGAGGAAAAAGUAUUCAAGGCCUUUUGUGAGGAGCACCAAAUAAUGGAAGUUUACCAAAACUAUUGUGAAAAGUGCAAGAAAAGAACUGAAGAAAGUUCAAAGGGUAUGGAAGAGCAGACAAGAGGGUUCAAUGAAGAAGUCAACAAGCUUGGUGAAGUUAUUUUGGUUUGAUUAUCUGUGCCUUACUUCCUUCCAACCAUAGCCAUGCAUGCAUCUUUUCUUUUUAGGUUUUGAUAUACAUUUAUUAGUGCAUCACAGCCCUACCACAAAGGAGCAAAUGGAGGAGAGCAACCAUUUAUUUUGUAAGUAUAGAGAAUCAUGACUAGUUUGGAUGAACGUAUUAGAGUGGUGGGGUAUGGAGGGGAUGUUGCCAAACACUAUAUGGGGGGCGACAGAAUUAUUAUAUUUGGUUUAGGGAGGAAUAUAGGGAGAGAGGUGGGUUCCUAUAUCUUUUCACUAGUAUCUUGGUAUGUUUGGUAUUGGAGGAAUAGUGUUUUAAAAUGAGGAAUUUUGAGCAGUCGUUGCUAGAUGCAGUGCAGGGUAAAGUUUGUAUGGCUUAAGCACAAGGUUUAGGGGUGUGCCUUUUCCUUUUAUGAUUGGUAAUCAAAACCGGUUGAAUGUGCAUUAGCUGUUAGAAGGAAUAAAAGAUGUUUAAAACAGUUUCAUAAACAGCACAAGACAUAAGGGUCAACAUUUAGAAACACAGGUUGAUGUAACAUGUGUUCCUGUUUUGGUCUGUUUCUGGUUAAGCCGCUGGAAUGUAGAUGUGGCUGUUACUGGUAUAUAAUGUACAGUGUAUUUAAUAAAAUUUAUUUUGCUGA